AUGUUUUCUUCUUUUCUUAAUUUAAUUACCAAAAUAUUUAUUCUUUUAACAAUAUUUUUUAAUUAUGGAAUUUUUGGUUGUACUCACAAUGGAAUUACUUAUCAUAAUGGAGAUGAAUGGUUGGAAAAAAAUGCUUUUGUGGUUAGAUGUACUGUAAAUUCUGAUACUUCUUGGCGGUCUGAGGUUGUUGCUUGUGUAUUGCCUGAUUCUCGUCGAGUUCCUAUACAUACAUCGCUUGAGGAUGGCAACUCUGUUUGGAAAUGUGAAAAGAAUGACGAAGACCGAAGUGUUCAGUUAAGACAAGCUCCAAGCAAUAAUGCUUUAUGUAAUGGAAUACGUCCUGUUGGAAGUGUUUGGCAAGAAAAAUCAUUUGAAUUAGAAUGUUUGCCAGGUGGAUAUACUCGAUUACGUGCUUGUGUAACUGAAGAAGGGAAUAGAGUUAAAAUAAAUACAACAAGCACUGUUAAUGGUUUUGAUGUUGAAUGUAUUCAAUUUUAUAAUGGAACUAUUAUUUUCCGUGGUGCCAAGCCUGGUAAAUAA